CUCUCCUCCCCUGGGCUGCAGCCCUGGCAACCCCUCCCUUCCCGCUCCUCCCUCUCCAUCCCACGUUUUCCAGCCGGGCCCUUAGAGUGGGGGCCUCCGGGGCUGGCUGGACUGGGGCUCCUGUGGUCCUCCUGUGUUGUUGGCGGUGACCCGUGGCCACUCUGUAGCCGCACACCCUCGAGCCAUGUCCUGGGCCGCUCUGCUCGGCCUCCUGGCCGCGCUGCUGCUGUUGCUGCUGCUGCUGAGCCGCCGGCGUGCGCGGCGACCUGGCGAGCCUCCCUUGGACCUGGGCAGCAUCCCCUGGCUGGGCCAUGCCUUGGAGUUUGGGAGAGAUGCUGCCAGCUUCCUGACCAGGAUGAAGGAGAAGCAUGGCGACAUAUUCACUGUGCUGGUGGGAGGCAGAUACGUCACUGUCCUCCUGGACCCACACUCCUAUGAUACGGUGGUGUGGGAGCCACGGACACGGCUGGACUUCCAUCCCUACGCCAUCUUCCUCAUGGAGAGGAUUUUUGAUCUGCAGCUUCCAAAUUUUAACCCCAGCGAGGAGAAGGCCAGGAUGAAGCCGGUGCUGAUGCACAGAGACCUGCAGACGCUCACAGAAGCCAUGUUCACCAACCUCCAGACAGUUCUGCUGGGUGACUCCACAGAGGCGGCCAGUGGCUGGCACGAGACAGGCCUCCUCGAUUUUGCCUACAGCUCCCUACUGAGAGCCGGCUACCUGACCCUCUACGGAGUUGAGGCCUUGCCACGCACCCGUGAAAGCCAAGCCCAGGACCGUGUCCACUCGGCUGACGUCUUCCACACCUUCCGCCAGCUGGAUCUGUUGCUCCCCAAACUGGCUCGAGGAUCCUUGUCAGCGGGGGAUAAAGACCGUGCAUGCAGUGUCAAAGGCCGCCUGUGGAAAUUGCUGUCCCCAGCCCGGCUGGCCACCAGGGCCGACAGGAGCAGCUGGCUGGAGAGCUACGUGAGGCACCUGGAGGAGAUGGGGGUGUCGGAGGAGAUGCAAGCCCGGGCACUGGUGCUGCAGCUCUGGGCCACACAGGGGAAUAUGGGUCCCACAGCCUUCUGGCUCCUUCUCUUCCUCCUCAAGAAUCCUGAGGCCCUUGAGGCUGUGCGGGAAGAGCUGAAGCGCAUUGUCUGGCAAGCAGAGCUGCCUGCUUCACAGAUGACCACCCUCCCACAGAAGACUCUUGACAGCAUGCCUGUGCUAGACAGCGUGCUAAAUGAGACCCUCAGGCUCACAGCGGCGCCCUUCAUCACUCGUGAAGUCAUGGCAGACCUGGCCUUGCCCAUGGCAGAUGGGAGGGAAUUCUCUCUUCGACGCGGUGACCGCCUCCUCCUCUUUCCUUUCCUGAGUCCCCAGAAGGACCCAGAGAUCUACACAGAGCCUGAGGUCUUUAAAUACAACCGAUUCUUGAACCCAGAUGGGUCAGAGAAGAAAGAUUUUUACAAAGAUGGGAAGCGGCUGAAGAAUUACAGCAUGCCAUGGGGAGCAGGGCACAAUCAGUGUUUGGGGAAGGGCUAUGCCAUCAGCAGCAUCAAACAAUUUGUGGUCCUCAUGCUGACUCACUUCGACCUGGAGCUGGCCAGCGAGGACACAGAGGUCCCUGAGUUUGACCUCAGCAGAUAUGGCUUCGGCUUGAUGCAGCCAGAGGAGGACGUACCCAUCCGGUACCGUGGCAGGCUGUGACCUGUGGAGCAGACACUAUGCUCACCCGGGGCCUCCUGACUUCCCGUGCCUUCAUUACCGCCUUCCUGUUGUUCUUCUGGUAUGCUGUGUCCAGAGAAGGGGACCCAGAGGACACAGAGAGCAGGAAACGCCAAUAAAAGCUCUAUAUCUCACUGUGAA